AGUUUCGACACGAAGCGUUGAUCGGCGGUCCAUCGUUUUGCACACAAUGUUCGGCUGCUACAGUAGUCAACUCAGCGAUGCUCUCCGAGCGAGCGGGACUAGAUGCUUGAAUGCCAUACAUGCGACGAACGUGCGUGGCAGGCGUGGGUCUUGGCGAGAAGAGAGUUUGACAGAGGGCCUUCUUUCGGACGCUUCUGAACGUGGACUCGGAGGAAGACUUGGGAACCUCCUGUCUCUAUCCGCCCCGGAAUGCAUCUCAUAUAGUGACCCGUGCCGCACUUCUUGCCGUCAAACCCCUUCCUCGUCGCCCCACGCUCCGGUCGUCUGCGUGCUCGAUGCACUCUUCGUCCGCUUUUCGAGCAGCUCUCGUCUGCCUGCUCCUGGCGUUUGUCGGAGCGGCUCGUGGCUUCGUGGUAAUCGGUGCGGAUGGUCUGACAGGAUGGUCCCCUGAGACCCUGGAGAGGGAAGGUGGUAAACGUGGGCGGUUUUCGGAAACGUCAGCGAAAGAGAAUGCUGCAAUGUCAAGCGCGGCAAAUAGAGUUGCUGCAUCGCCUUUCCCCGACGCGAUGCAAUUCGUGCCAAGCAAUGAGCCAUCAGCGUCAGCAGCUGCCGCUAUCAUCCAGCCUUUUAACGACCAGAGAAUAUUGACCACAGCCCCACCAUGCUCUGAGAGCACAUCCCGCUCUAUCCGUGACUUCGGACCUUCGAUCGUACGCGAUGAAGAAGGCGACCAACGUGCACACCCCGCCGAUCUCGGUAUGCAAGUUGGAUUCACAAGCGCGGAUACGAAGGUGUCGGUUCUCGCGGUAGGAUUGUUCGGUGUGAUCUUAGCAUUUCACUCAAGCCUACCCAUGAUACAAAAUCAGCGCAUGGCUUACUCGAGAGUUGCACUUGUGGGCAAGCGGGUGCGCUGCAGCAUACUCUGGCAUGUAGCGACUUGCUUGUAA